UAAUAAGUGUUUGUCAAAUUUUAAAGUACAAAUGAUAAUUAAGUAAAAAAUAAUAUAUUAUCGGCAAACAGAAAAUGUAUACAGGUAGUCACCACUAACUAACAGGAAUUAUAAAUUCUUUAUAAAAAUGGACCGAGUAUCUGCCGAAUUUUAUAAGAAUGUAAUUUUACUUACAAAAUUCGUUCCUCCAAACGAUGAUUUCGAUAAACUUUUUAAGGAAGGUAUGUUUGAUAAACCAAAUACUUUAGGUUUCAUACAUGUUUCUUUUUAUUUAUUGAACAUAUAUUAUAAGGAUAAUAUAAAAAAUAAGGUUCAGUGGCCAGUUAUUUGUAAACAAACUGAAAAUAAAUUUCGCAACGAUGUGAGAGAAUGUUUGAUGGCAAUAGCAAAUGAAAAUCCUGAUAUCAACUUUCCUCCAAUUUUUGCAUCACAUUUGCUAUUAGCAAGAGGCACCAAGUUUCUACUGAUUAUGUGGAAAUUUUCUUUAGUUGUACUCCGUACAUUUCUAACGAAAGAGUAUCAUUCCGUUAUGUCGAUAUCGCCAAAGCCAGGUCCUUGUCAGGAAUUAACAAAAACAUUUUUAAAAAAUGUUACAAAAGAUAAUAAUAAUGUCAUUUCUAAUAUUCGCAAUGAAAGAGAAAAUAUAAUACAAGAAGCAAAAGAGUUUGAAAAGAAAAAAAAUGAUAAACAAAGUGAAUUAAAGUUAAAAAUAUUAAAAAUGAAAGAGAACUUAAAAGAAAUAACAAUUACUGCUCCAGUUAACGAUACAGCUAGAACAAAAUUAAUAAAUACCGAUGAUAAUGAAAUAGUUAAUAUGUGGGCAAGUUUUAUAGAUAAUAAUUUAAAGACAGCGUUACAAAAUGAUUAUGAAUUUUUGAAAGAAAUGAACGAAGUUCUAAAGUGCCUAGGAAAUAUAGUGUUGAACAUUAUUGGAAAUUUACCAACGCUGAAUGCUCUCAAUUUUAGUCGAAUCGAUGUAGAUCCAAUUUAUAAAUUAGUACCACCAGAACUGCAGGUUCUUCCAUAUGGUUUAUAUAACAAAGAGAGUUUAAAUUUGCAACAUUUAUUUUCUAUUUUCAAUAUUUUAAUAAAAAAGUAUAAAGUCAAAGUUACAAAAUAUCAGUGUGAAGAAUUGUCUGAAUGUAAUAAGCAAUUAGAAAUAAGUAAUAAAGAUCUAAAAAUUGCAAUAAAUCAUUUUCAAAAAUUACACGAACAAAUUGCAAAUUUCAAUUUCAUUGAAAUGAAGAAUAAUAACGAAUUAAAUGACUAUCAGAAAGUUAUUUCAAAUGUACCAGAAUUCGAUAAAGUAUUAUUCAUGCCAUCUCCAUCGAUUCAAUUAAAUAAUCAUUAUGAGGGGAGACGAAGUUUUUAUCAAAACAAUUUAAAACUUACUCCCAUUGAAGGUGCACACAAACAGUUAUUUUCGAGGCACGCAUUCAAUGAAAAGAACAUGUGUUCGAUGAAGAAGCCACUUUCUGUACAAUGUAUUAAUUUUGAUGACUCAUUGUUAUUCGACGCCAGUGGUGAUAAACAAUUGCUGUCUCAGCAACGCUUUCAUACACCUUCCAAACUCAAGUGUACUUUUAAAAAUGUUGACAAAUACUCUAGAAUAUUUUCUUCUUGCAAACUAAAUAAUAAUAAAGACAACAAAAACGUAAUGUCAAUGAUGUCCAGUACAAGUAACUCGAUGUUACCAUUGAUGGCCAAACAACAUUGUAUUUCAUUAAUGGAUUCGUAUAAUUCAAGCCAAGAAUUUUCUCGAGAGCCAUUUCUGUUGAAUUCGAAUUUGCAUUCCUCAAUGGACCCAUCAAACUCGGAUGAUGCAGAAAAAGUAUCGCAAAAAAACACUAAACGCCGCUCUAUAGGUGAUUUGGUAGAAAGAUACAAAAAACUUUUACAAAAACGUGAUACUCAAGAAGAAAGAAAUGCCUCGACAAAGGAACUUUUAGAUGAAGAAAUAGUUAUAUGAUUUUUUUAUUGUUAUAGGAUAAUAAAUGCGUAAUAUAAGUAUAAAG